AUGGCUGUCUCCUUGCCACCCACCUUGGGAUUCAGUUCUGCUCCUGAUGAAAUUCAACAUCCACAUAUGAAAUUCUCAGAGUGGAAAUUUAAGCUAUUCCGGGUGAGAUCUUUUGAAAAGGCACCUGAGGAAGCCCAAAAGGAAAAGAAGGAGGCAUCUGAGGGGAACCCCUCUUUGGAGCAAUCACCAUCAGUCCCAGACAAGGCUGGACUUCAGAAGCCAGUCCCGUCUCAACCAGCAUUGAAGGGCCAUGCCAAGUUUGCAAACAAAGCCCACAAAGAUGGGAAAACAAGAGACAAAGCCAUCCACCAAGCUAAUCUCCGACACUUCUGCCGCAUCUGCGGGAAUUCUUUUCAAACUGAUAAGCACAAGAGGAGACAUCCUGUCCAUGGGCCUGUGGAUGCUAAAACCCAAAGCCUUUUACGGAAGAAGGAAAAGAGAGCCACUUCCUGGCCUGACCUCAUUGCCAGGGUUUUCCGGAUUGAUGUGAAAGCUGAUGUUGACUCCAUCCACCCCACUGAGUUCUGCCAUAACUGCUGGCGCAUUAUGCACAGGCGAUUCAGCAGUGCCCCUUGUGAGGUUUACUUCUCCAGGAACACAACCAUGGAGUGGCACCCCCACUCACCAUCCUGUAAUAUCUGCUACUCCACCUGGCAGGGACUCAAGAGGAAGAGACAUCACACCCAUGGGCUUCUCAGCAAAAAAAUCCAGAUGAUGCUUGAUCGAGCAAGAGAAGUCCGACUGCACAAGAGAAGAGUGCAGGCAAAGGUCAGCAGCAAAGGAGUCAUGAAACAGAUUGCCAACUGCAGUAAGAUACAUCUCAGUACCAAUCUCCUGGCCAUUGACUUUCCCGCACACUUUCUGAAAGCAAUCUCUUGCCAGAUUUGUGAACACAUUCUGGCGGACCCUGUGGAGACGAGCUGCAAGCAUGUCUUCUGCAGGGUCUGUAUCAUUAGAUGCCUCAAGGUCAUGGGCAGCUAUUGCCCCUCUUGUCGGUAUCCCUGUUUCCCGACUAACCUGGAGAGUCCUGUGAAGUCCUUUCUGAGUAUCCUGAAUUCUCUCCUAGUCAAAUGUCCAGCCAAAGACUGCCACAAGGAGGUCAGCUUGGAAAAAUACAACCACCAUGUCUCAAGCCACAAGGAAUCAAAGGAGCCUUUGGUGCACAUCAACAAAGGGGGUAGGCCUCGCCAGCAUCUGCUAUCCCUGACCCGCAGAGCUCAAAAGCACCGGCUGAGAGAGCUCAAGCUGCAAGUGAAGGCCUUUGCUGACAAAGAGGAAGGUGGAGAUGUGAAAUCCGUGUGCUUGACCUUGUUCUUGCUGGCACUGAGGGCGAGGAAUGAACACAGACAAGCCGAUGAGUUGGAAGCCCUGAUGCAGGGCCGGGGCUCUGGCCUGCAGCCAGCCGUUUGCUUGGCCAUCCGUGUCAACACAUUCCUCAGUUGCAGUCAGUAUCACAAGAUGUACAGGACUGUGAAAGCCAUAACGGGGAGGCAGAUUUUCCAGCCUCUCCAUGCCCUUCGCAAUGCCGAGAAGGUCCUGCUGCCAGGCUACCACCCUUUCAAAUGGCAACCACCUCUGAAGAACGUGUCCUCCAGCACCGACCUGGGCAUCAUUGAUGGUCUGUCUGGACUCUCUUACUCGGUGGAUGAUUACCCAGUGGACACCAUUGCCAAGCGGUUCCGCUAUGAUUCAGCCUUGGUGUCUGCUCUGAUGGACAUGGAAGAGAACAUCCUGGAAGGCAUGAGAUCCCAGGAUCUGGAGGACUACCUGAACGGGCCAUUCACGGUGGUGGUGAAGGAGUCUUGUGAUGGCAUGGGCGAUGUGAGUGAGAAGCAUGGGUCCGGACCAGCCGUGCCAGAAAAGGCAGUCCGCUUUUCAUUCACCAUCAUGAGAAUCACCGUAGCCCAGGGCUCCCACCCUGUGGUGGUGUUUGAGGAAGCCAAGCCCAACUCUGAGCUCUGUUGCAAGCCACUGUGCCUUAUGCUGGCAGAUGAGUCAGAUCACGAGACCCUGACCGCCAUCCUGAGCCCCCUCAUUGCGGAGCGGGAGGCCAUGAAAAGCAGCGAGUUAAUGCUGGAAAUGGGAGGGAUCCUCAGGACUUUCAAGUUCAUCUUCAGGGGCACUGGGUAUGAUGAGAAGCUGGUGCGGGAAGUGGAAGGCCUGGAGGCUUCUGGCUCAGUCUAUAUUUGUACUCUGUGUGACGCUACCCGCCUGGAGGCGUCCCAGAAUCUAGUCUUCCACUCUAUCACCAGGAGCCACGCGGAGAACUUGGAGCGCUAUGAGGUCUGGCGUUCCAACCCCUACCAUGAGUCGGUGGAAGAACUGCGGGAUCGAGUGAAGGGCGUCUCAGCCAAGCCCUUCAUUGAGACCGUCCCUUCCAUCGACGCGCUCCACUGUGAUAUUGGCAACGCAGCAGAGUUUUACAAGAUCUUCCAGCUAGAAAUUGGAGAGGUUUACAGAAAUUCCAGUGCUUCCAAAGAGGAAAGGAAAAGGUGGCAGGCCACCCUGGACAAGCAGCUGCGGAAGAAGAUGAACCUGAAACCCAUCAUGAGAAUGAACGGCAACUUUGCCAGGAGGCUGAUGACCAAGGAGACGGUGGAGGCUGUGUGUGAAUUAAUCCCUUCUGAGGAGAGGCACGAAGCUCUCAGGGAGCUUAUGGACCUUUACCUGAAAAUGAAGCCCGUGUGGCGUUCCUCCUGUCCAGCUAAAGAAUGCCCGGAAUCCCUCUGCCAGUAUAGUUUCAACUCACAGCGCUUUGCCGAGCUUCUCUCUACCAAGUUCAAGUACAGGUAUGAGGGCAAAAUCACCAAUUAUUUUCACAAGACCUUGGCACACGUCCCUGAAAUUAUUGAGAGGGAUGGCUCCAUUGGGGCAUGGGCCAGUGAAGGAAAUGAAUCCGGGAAUAAACUGUUCAGGCGUUUCCGGAAAAUGAACGCCAGGCAGUCCAAGUGUUAUGAAAUGGAAGAUGUUUUGAAACAUCACUGGCUUUACACAUCCAAAUACCUCCAGAAGUUUAUGAAUGCUCACAAAGCAUUAAAAGACUCUGGGUUUACCAUAGAUUCUAAGGCAACUGUAGGGGACACAUCAAUCACAGAAGACUAUUUGGAAAGUCAAGAUUCAAUGGAGUUUUGAGUAGGAAAAUCCUUUAGGAGUUGGUAUUUUGGGGUUGCAAGGAGGUCUUCUAACAUCCUUGACUUCUGUGUGUGUGUGUGGGGGGAGGCGGUAUCAUCACCCCAGAAGUUGGAGUGAGAGGCCACAGGUGGUGCCACCGAGGUCAGGAAUGGAUAUAAGGGGUGAGCCCAUUGCCUGAGUCACUAUAGUAAGCUCAGAAAAGCAAAGGGAGAAAUCAUGACUUGAAAGCUCAAUAGCUCAGCACAGAAGUAACUGCAGGGGACCUGAAUUGAACAAAGAUGUGUAUGUCAAAGGAGCUUGAAUGUCAUGAAAAUCAAAGCCAAGGUUGUCAAAGAACAGUCAGUGAGACCAGGAAAGGAAUUUGCCUUGUUGUCUUUUUAUUUAAGGCUCAAUUUCGUGGUUUUUUUUUUUUUUUGUAUUGAGGAAAUUUUUUUUUCUAUUUCAUUUUGUAAGGUUCUUUAUCUUAUAAAUUUUACACAUUUUGAUUUAUUCUAUAAGAUUAAAAAGCACUUUUAAGAUUACUCUGACAAUAUCUUAUAUUUUAUAUGGUGCGAUGACCUCUA